UUCCUGCUGUGGCUUGAGGGAAACAAAUCGACAUUCAGCCACGGGAGAAUCGCAUUUUGCGGUGUCCCUUGUUUUUACAGGCAUGACAUAUCCUGGCUGGAUCAAACAUUCCAUCUGCCCCUGGAAAAUGCCUCACAGCUGGAUGAAUGGGCUUAUAGCCUGUGGAAGCCCCCUCCCUGAAUAAUGGCCGCACCAAUCUCGGUAUACAACUCGAAUGCCUUGGACACACACAUCUCCAGUACCUCCAGAGAGUCCCUGAAGAUGGAAUUGUUAGCAGAGGUAUGUCUGCUGCCUGGAGAGGACCGAAUUAUAGAUAAAGACAUCAUCUACAUCUGUCCAUUCCGUGGAGCAGUGAAAGGCAAAGUGUUGAUCACCAACUACAGACUCUACUUCAAGAGCUCAGAUACUGAUGUGGCGGUGAUGCUGGAUGUUCCUUUGGGUGCCAUAAGUCGGGUGGAGAAAAUGGGUGGGGCAUCAAGCAGAGGCGAAAACUCCUAUGGCCUGGAUAUCACCUGCAAGGACAUGAGGAACUUGAGGUUUGCCCUGAAGCAGGAGGGCCACAGCAGACGAGAUAUUUUUGAGCUCCUCUUCAGACAUGCCUUUCCCCUCUCACAUUGUCUACCUGGGUUUGCAUAUGUGACUCAGGAGAAGUAUGAGGAGAAUGGCUGGAAUGUCUACAAACCAAUAGAAGAGUUUAGACGCCAGGGUUUACCUAAUAACAAGUGGCGUAUUACAUUCAUUAAUAAGAACUAUGAGCUGUGCGACACCUACCCUACUGUACUGACAGUACCCUUUAAAAGUAAAGAGGAGGACCUCAGAAGAGUUGCAGUGUUCAGAUCAAGAGGACGCAUACCGGUUCUAUCAUGGAUCCACAGGGAGAACCAGGCAGUGAUUGUCCGUUGCAGUCAGCCUCUGGUUGGCAUGUCUGGUAAAAGGAACAAAGAUGACGAGCGCUAUCUGGACCUCAUCAGGGAGGCAAACGACACUGCCAAGCUCACGAUAUUUGACGCCAGGCCUAGCGUCAAUGCUGUGGCCAACAAGGCCACUGGAGGAGGCUAUGAGGGUGAUGAGUACCAAAACGCAGAGCUCAUCUUCUUAGACAUCCAGAAUAUCCAUGUCAUGAGGGAAUCCCUGAAGAAACUCAAAGACAUUGUCUACCCAAAUGUUGAGGAAUCACAUUGGCUAUCCAGUCUAGAGUCUACACACUGGCUAGAACAUAUUAAGCUGGUGUUGUCAGGAGCCAUCCAAGUAGCAGACAAGGUUUCCAGUGGAAACUCAGUGGUGGUUCACUGUAGUGAUGGCUGGGAUAGAACUGCACAGCUCACCUCUUUGGCCAUGCUGAUGCUGGACAGUCACUACCGCACACUCAGAGGAUUACAGGUGCUGAUUGAGAAGGAAUGGAUCAGCUUUGGGCACAAAUUCGCCUCAAGGACAGGUCACGGUGACAAGAACCAUGCAGAUCAGGACAGAUCGCCCAUCUUUGUUCAGUUCAUUGACUGUGUAUGGCAGAUGACUAAACAGUUUCCUACAGCCUUUGAGUUUAAUGAGCGGCUUCUGCUGACAAUCCUGGAUCAUCUCUACAGCUGUCGUUUCGGGACUUUCCUCUACAACUGUGAGAGUGCACGAGACCAGAAUGAGGUGAGGUCAAAGACAGUGUCUCUGUGGUCUCUGGUCAACAGCAAGAUGGACAUUUAUUUAAACCCCUUCUACACCCCUGAGUCUGGCAGGGUCCUCUACCCCGUUGCCAGCAUGCGUCAUCUAGAGCUGUGGGUAACAUACUACAUCCGCUGGAACCCACGCAUACGACAACAGCAUCAGAGUCCUGUGGAGCAGCGCUACAAGGAGCUGUUGUCCCUCAGAGAUGAAUACUUGAAGAAGCUGGAGGAGCUGCAGCUCUCUGACACCUCUCCUUCCUCCCAUUUGGCUAACAGCUCCACCCCCAACACAUCCUCCACCUCCUCCACACCAUCACAGCAGUACACACAGCUACAGACUCCUUUCUGAGGGCUGAUGACACAUACACACAGAUACACCCCCUUCACACUUACACACAGAGUAUAUAUAUAUACAUAUAUAUAUAUAUAUACACACAAUAAUUUUCAUUUAUAAAAAAAAAAAUCUUUCAGUCAGAUAUCUGUCAAUCUUGCACACAGACAGGGAUUAAUUAUAUUGCAGUCAUAAAUGUGGAUAACAAAGAUGACUAAUUUGAUUUAGAUUAGAUUGUUAACUCUAACACCAUAGUGGUGAUGAUGGGGAUUUAUGCAAAAUGUCACAUUACAGCAUUGUCAAAAGACUUGACUAUAUACUCAUUCAUCAUAAAGUGAAGCUUUAAAGACAUUCAGUCCAAAGGUGUGAACACUCUGGACACACAGUGGUUGUGUAUCAGUGUCCACACAGGCAGCACAGAAAGGCUGAAAAUUUUGUAUUAUAUUCACACAAGUCCUGUUGGUGGUUAUUUUUUAAAUCAGAUCACCACUGACAAUUUCUACUCUAUGGGUUCAAUGGUAAGCCGAGGCGCAGAACUGUGUGUUGACUGCACUGCUGUUUGAGAGAGAGAGGUUUGUCUUUACCUUUGAUUUAACUUCAAGUAAACCUGCUCACAUUUUACAGAUGUCAGGUGUAUGGUUGUUGUCCAUUGAAAGAACUCUUCAACAUUUAAACAGAAAGAAAGUUAACCUCUGUGCCUCCAUUUAAAGAUAUUUCAGGGUUGUAGUUUGGUUUGUCUGAGCCAAUUUAAAAAAGGGCUUGAAAUAGUGGACAGUGCUAAACAAGCUCUGUUGACCGUUAAAUAAAUAAGAAAAUCCAAGUUAUGCCCGAAAGAAGAUACCCAGCAGUUAGCUCCAACUUCAGAACCUCACUGUAUCUCUCUCUCUGCUAUUGUCCCACUACAAAACAGUUGUUGUUCUUUGUGAGCAAAGCAUAUUGCAAAUCAAGAUUUUUCUGAGUGUUGCUCUGACACAUGAGGAAUCGGUUAGAUCAGCUGCAGAGUGUCAGAUUUAGACGCAGUGGUGUGGAAUUUCCUUUUGUUGGUGUGGAAUUUGCUGAUCAGUGUUUUGUCACUGCCAUCAGCUAAGCUCAACUAAGCACUAUUUCCCAGCUACUGCCUAUGCUAUGGCUGAGGGUAAAUACAGUUCUAGCAAAUAGUAAUAGUUCGGUUAGAAUUAAUCCAUGAUUUAUUCUUAUGAAUGCAGCUUUGAUGUGGUUUGAAAUGUAUAGUAUAGGGAAAUGGAGUUAUGCUUGGCCUAUGAUGUUUGUUGUCAAAUGGGUUUAGUGACAGCAGAAAAGAUACUAAAAAUUGUUAAAUACAUUUAUGUUGAUAUACAUACCACCCAUGUUAUUUCAUAGCACAUGUGCCUUUUGGACAUGUGGGGCAGUUUAGUUAAAAAAUAAUGACUGGAUUAUAUCAGUGGGUGUAGUUGUUUACAAGUUGUUUGGUUGUCUGACUGCUCAUGUGUCUGGCCUAUAAGACCCCAGGUUAUACCGCUGUGCAGUAGAUUGACAUUGUCAGCAGACGUCAACAUUGAAACUCGUGCAAAAACAUGGUACCACAACAGUAAUAAUGGUGAAAGCUGUAAGACAUUUUAUAAACAUUGAUUUUAUUUGGCAAGUAGUACAUGUAAAUUUCCUUGAGGAAAUUCUAUGGAAGAUAAUUUUUGGUUCAAAAAUGGAAAACAAAGUAUUACGAAUGGCAAAAAUAAAUGUUUAUAAUAUGUCAAAGUUUUAGGGUACCAAUUUAAAUUUAAGUCGGUUGUGGUUUGUAUUGUCAAGUUCUAAGUCCAAAUUUAGAUUUUUUCUAUAAGUCAUUUUACUUUUAUCGCAAAAGGACGAGAUAGUAUUAAAUCACUAUUUUGAAAAUCAUAAACAUUUAUUCAAAAUCUAAAAUAUUCCAUAUUUACAUGGUAUUGACUGAUACUGGAUAUUUUUACUAUCCAUUAUGCUCACAGAACUUAUUUCCCCCUAACUCACAUGGCCUUCCAUAAAAUGUUCCAUUAAAAGAAACAUGAAAACAUUCUGUCCAAAGAAUCUAAUUCUUAAGAGAGUGAGGAUUUUGCUGCUAACUCAGAAAGUUCUCAUUUUAAUUAGUUUGAAACCAACAUACAUAAUGAGCUCAGACAUAUGAGUCAUAAAAUCUGUCAAAACUGUACUCUGUGUUGUAUCAUUCUGUCUCUCUACAUGGCAACAGAAGUGUUUACUACAGUCAAUUUACCGAGUAUAUGGCGAGUAGUCUUCAGUCUCAGGAACUUUAUUUAACCUGUCCACAUAGAGGAUUGAGGCUUGCCUACUUAUAGAGCAGGUUUGGUGUGUAUCAUCAUCCAUUAGAGAGAAAUUCUUAUUUUAGUAAUUCCAGCCGUGGGUUCAGUCAUUGAAAACAUAAUAAAAACCAAUAAAUAAGCAUUUAAAAAGCUCAAGUUGUGGUCUUGGUAGCAGUUAUGACUUAAUUUUGUUGAAAUUAUUUAUCGGUAGAUAAUAUGAAUAUGUACGGAUCACCACAAAAGAUCAAGUAAUCUUGGCACAAUUUGUAACAUUUAUUGAUAGAGUUUGGCAGUUCCAUUCCCACAGGAUUUAAAGAUACCAAGAAAAACCUAUUAGCAUUGGCAAGUUGUCUUUACAAGAAAUGGAGAACUAUUUGUCCGUGCAGAAAUUUUUUUGAAGUGCUCAAUAGAGGUGGAAGGUGUGAGGAGUAGCCGUUUGCAGAAGGUUUUGUGCUUUGUAAAUUAACUUAAGCGAUGGUCUAACCUUUAUCAAAAAUGUAUAUUCCUUUGCAAAAACCCAGAAGUGUCUUCUAAAGAACAAAUUGAAGGAACUUCUAGAGAAGAUAUUGGUGAAUGAGGCUCAAUGUUGUCCAAGCAGUACCAUUACCAUUUCAGGGAAAAUUCAAACCAUCCACUUGCCUGCAUUAUACACGGUAUUGAUGCUUUAGUAAUCUACUGAAAAUUCAACUGCACAUUUUAUCCCUGAUUUCAAGCUGUUAUUAGCACAGUCAACAUAAUUUAAAUUCUGUGAUUGGAUAUUUCUUAUUAAAAUGCUCAUUUGGAGUUAAAGUGACCACCUCUUUGUAUGUUGCACAUGACAUAGAAUACAACUUUACUUCUGGAACCUUGGGUACAUUGUACUCUGUACUUCUCUCCAACAUCCUUGAAUUUCAAAUAAGCAACCUGCAAGUAGACAAAGAGUCAAGCUCAAAAAAGUCAGGUCAGACUCCAAUACAUUCCCCCUCACACACUGUUCCCCUGCCUAGGCCUGCAGCAAAUUGGAAGCAAUGAAGAUCUGGAAGAUGUACUGUAUGUACAGUCUGACAGUUAAAGUGGUGAAUGAGGUUUAACGAGUCGUUUAGGAAAGUGCUUUAGGUCAUGUCCAGAUUUGUGCCUUGAUUCUUGUGUAAAUCACCUUCUGUCUUGUUUGAGCUUGACUGUUGGUCCCAAAGAAAGUUGGCUUUUUAGAAAAACUCAAAAUUUCCUGAUCUAACUUUGAGGAACCAUGUUGAGUAUACCACGUUUCUUUGUUUCUGAAAUUUCUUAAGGGCAAAUGUCUUUGAUAUCUUUAAAGUGCAUCCUGCAAAAAAACUACUUUGCAAGUGUUCUUGGUUGAGUUUUCAAACCUCUACAUUGAAUGGAAUAAUAUUUGUAGUAUUUACUGCAUAGGUGAUGUUGCUAACAAGACAAACCUAUAUAGUCUAUAAGACAACACUGAACAUUGAAAGCAUAAGUAUAAUUGUAAAAUUUUUAUGAAGCCUAUGAAAGAGCCAUGGAGCUUAAGUUUUUCACAAGCCAGUUCUCCGACUCACAUGAACAAGGGCAACACAAUGAAUUGUACUUACAAGGAGACCAAUACCACUCUUCAACUUGUUCCCAAAGUAACAAUACAACCGAUCCCUAAUCCUUCAAUAUGGACAACAAAAAUGUUAUCUUGGCACAUCUCAAAGCAAUUUAUUGAAAGAGUUUAGCGUUUCCAUUACCACUGAACUACAGAGAAAAAAAUCUCUUAGCAUCUGCAAGUUUUCUAUGCGUUAAUUAGAGAACUAUUUUUCAGUACAAACAAUAUUGUCAAGUGCCCAAUAGAGGUCGAAGAAUAAUUUCAGCUUCGUAAAUUAGCUUUUGUGAUAGUCCAACCUCUGUCACAAAUGAAUAUGGCAUUACAAAAACCCAGCACUCUUUUGUGCCAUGGAUUGGCAAGCAGGCCAAACCUGUCCACAAUCACCUGGAACAUCUGAAACAAAAUCAGGGGUGUACUUUUAGCAAACACUCAGGAUAAAGUCAGUCUGGAGAGAAUGGUCUACCUUCAAGAAAGUCAAAUCUCAAACUAGACUUUUCUCAGUUAGAUGGAGUGGGCACAUUGCAUUGAGCAGCUUGUGUUAACUAAAAGGUAAAUUAAUAAAGGUUCUACAAGAGGGGAAAUUAAAAACUUCAUUGAGAAAGGGCUGGUUUCACUGAAGCGGUUUGCAAGUAAAACAACAGACAACAACAUAAAAUGUGUGUUGGUCAGGUGGUUGGGUUUUUAGAGAAAAACAGAUGAAAAUCUAUUUUUUUUUAUGUUUUACUUUGUACCAUGAUGUAAUUACCUCAAUCAAAACCUAUUUUACUGUCUAAAGUUAUAUCGUUGUAAAAUACAAUUAUUUUGUGUAGUGUAAAAUCUUACAGUUUUAUAAAAAGUAAUGUUUCAGAAAUUUGUCAUUUAUUGUGUUUUUUUGGGGGGGGUAUUUUUUUAUUUGUACUUUCUAACCCAGGAUAAAAAGACAGAAGCUUGCAUACUUUUCACUUGUCAAACACCUUGUCAUAUUCCUCUCAUUUCUCUGAUAAAACUUUGAUUUGUAGAUACUUUGUAGACAAUUAAGGUCUGUGGGAAUUAAUGUAACAAGUAUCACUGUUACAGUGUCACUGUUUAUUUAAUUUUGCCUCUUUGAUUUACAUAGGAGUUGUGUUAUUAUAUUUUUUUCAUAGGAGAGGGUUUGUGUCAUAAUAGCAUACUUUUUAAUAAAUACACUUGAAAUGUGUUUCAGGAUCUUUUUGGAAUAAAAAAUCAAAUUUGAUGAAAAAGGUGCAAUAACAAUACAUUUCAAAUGUAUAUAUUUUAACCAUGUUAUAUCCUCUCCACAGUUUUUGUUUGAGUGGCCUCUCUUAUGUAAAUAAUACUGAUUAAAUUAAUUUAAGUA